GGCAUGCAGAGUGCAACUAGCAGCAGCAUUGCGUGGUGUUUGAUCCUGCAAGUCCAGGCUAUAGGCCUACACUAAGACUAUCGCCCCUCUGAAAGUUUCCCCUUUGGUGAAGGUGCCUCCUUCGACUGUGGGGGGUUAGUCGCCCCAGCCAACGUCUGUCAUGAGAGAAGCCCCUGGGCCAGCUGAUCGUGGCUUUUUUACUACUGGCCUAUGGCACUAGCCCCAUUGCCAAAGAAAACUACAGGGGUCAGGAAACAAGCCUUUUUGGCCUUUUAUUUCCGUUCUCGCCCUGUCUCCCCUAAUCGAGAGGCUUUUUUGGGACAACGGUGCAAGAAAACAACAUCAUCAUGCAGGAGUCGGUUGAGCUGCGUGAUCGGCAGUGGAAUUCAAAGGCCGCCCAGAGCAGUCAUUCGCAAGUCAAUGAUGAGCAGGGGCUGGGUCGGGUGGGCAAGAAGCAGGUUCUAAAACGUCGAUUCGGCUUCUUGUCAAUUUUGGGCUUCAGUUGUACCGUUCUGGCAUCCUGGGAGGGUAUCUUGUCGACCUUUACUGUUCCUUUUGAAGAUGGAGGGCCUGCAGGAACGGUCUACAGUUUCCUGGUCGUUUGGGUGGGCACCUUUUCGACAUUCCUCACGCUGUCCGAGCUUGUUUCGAUGGCCCCUACCUCGGGAGGGCAAUAUCACUGGGUGUCGAUGAUGUCCCCGCGAUGGUGUCAAAAGUAUCUCAGCUUUCUUACAGGAUGGUUGAUUGUUAUCGGCUGGCUGGGAGCUUUUGCUUCAACGUGUUAUCUGAGUGCUUCCCAAAUCCAGGGCCUGGUGGUUCUUAACAAUUCGUCGUACGACCCCAAGCCUUGGCAGACCCUGCUUCUAUUUUGGGCCAUUGUGGCGUUUGCCGUGUUCGUCAACGUCGUCACCAGCACCAUGUUGCCCAAAUUCGAAGGAUUAGUCCUGAUUCUGCAUGUUUGCGGGUUCUUCGCGAUCAUUAUACCCAUGGUGUACCUGGGCGAUCACAAUCCAGCUUCCGAGGUGUUUGGACAGUUCGCCAAUGAUGGCGGAUUUCCGACGCAAGGGUUAGCCUUCAUGGUGGGUAUGAUAGGUAACAUGUUUGCUUUUACGGGAGUCGAUGCGGCGGUCCAUAUGAGCGAAGAAAUUUACAAUGCCGAGCGCGUCGUCCCACAGUCUAUUCUCACUUCGGUUCUGAUCAACGGCCUUCUGGGCUUCGGGAUGAUCCUGUCCACUCUGUUUACCAUGACCGAUGCUGAGACCGCACUGGGGUCACCCACCGGAUAUCCUUACAUGCAGAUCUUCUGUUCGUCUACUAGCUCGCUUGGGGGAUGUACCGUGAUGUCGGCCAUUGUGCCUAUCCUGGUUACUGCCACUGCUGUUGGAUCCCUAGCCUCUUCCUCUCGUAUGGCGUGGUCGUUUGCUCGUGAUCGCGGCCUCCCUGGAUGGCGCUUGCUCAGCCGGGUCAACGCCCAAGCCGUUCCUCAAUAUUCCAUUCUCGUUGUAACCAUCGCAGCCGUCCUGUUGGCACUGAUCAUCCUCGGAUCCGCAGCCGUGUUGAACGACGUCAUCUCCCUCUGCGUCAGCGCUCUGUACGCCUCAUACCUGAUCUCGGCCUUCCUCCUGAUGUGGAAGCGCUGCACGGGCGGCAUCCGCGAGCCCUCCGAUACCCCUAUUGAUAGCGUUGUGAACACGGCCGGGGCACCUCUUGCCUGGGGACCUUUUCAUCUUCGCGGCGUGCUGGGAUUGUCUGUCAACGCUUUUACUGUCGCGUAUCUCACCAUCGGUGUGUUUUUCAGCUUCUGGCCUGAUGAGAUGAACCCGACAGCCAGUACGAUGAACUGGGCGGUGGUUGGCACGGCCGGCACCAGUCUGGUGAGUACACUGUACUAUAUUAUUUGGGCCCGUAAGGAGUAUACUGGACCGGUGGUGGAUUUUGAUCGCACUUAGCUUCCUGGCUGUUAGGGUGAUCGGCAUCACUGAAGACAUAGGGUC